UUUUUUUAAUUUUUCUGUUCAAGACUUAUUGAUUUGAUAAACGAUUAUUGCAAGAUGAAUUACUUAAUUGCAGUUUCUAUUUCAAUGAUACUAGUUUUCUUCAAUUUUUUAUAUAUGUUUCAAUUAUCUACGGUAUUGCAAAGUUCAAGCGAAACAAUCAAAUAUAUCACUUACAUGGCAGGAUCAAUUUCUGUUAUUUAUAUUAGUUUUUACGUUGGACAAUUGCUUAUGGAUCACAGCAAUGAGACUUUCAUGGAAUUAUGUCAAAUUCCAUUCUAUACAUUAUCCAUAAAAACUAAAAAAUUGCUAUUAUUAUUAUUAAUAAGGAGCAUAAAACCAAAUGCGAUUUCAAUCGGUGGUAUAUUUAUAGCAUCGCACGAAGUCUUUGCGACAUUAAUACAAAAAGCUUUUUCCUUUGCUACGGUUUAUUACAGCAUGUUAUAAACCAAAACGAUCUUACGACAAUGGAAAUAUGAGACCAAUUAUUAUACGCUGAAAAGAUUCUAUUUUUUCUCCAAGAAAAAUAUAAAUAU